CUCUCUCUCUUUCUCAACUCUCUUAUCCCUGGCGAGUUGAAGCGAAUUUAAUGGCUCUGUUACUGUUAUACUAUGGUCUCCCGACUUUGAAGAUCCCCAACGGAGCUUCAAAAACACUAGUGAGAUCGUCGUCGUCUUCGUCGUCGUCGUCGUCGUCAACGGGAAGCCCAAACCCUAAUUCUCGUGCUCCUCCUCCGCGCCUCUCAGGGGAAGGAGCAUCGGCGCCGAAAAGAUGCUUAAGAUGCGGCACACUCUACUGGGAUAAGGACAACUCCCCCACGGCUUGCUCCUUCCACGGCCACACAACAGGGGAGAGAGGGCUGUUCUCGCUGGCGCCGCCGCACCAAGGGAUCGACGGCGAGUGGAGCGACAGGAGCGGGAUUAUUGUAUACCGGUGGAACGAGAAAGGGAGCAGGCCCAACACGGGGAGUGCGAACUGGAAGAAGAGAUGGAGCUGCUGCGCCGAAUACGACGAGAACGCUCCACCGUGCCGGCGAGGACGGCACGUCUCCUACGACGACGGAUUCACGCUCUACUAGUGCAACUCAGCUGCUAGCGAAAUUCAGGAUCCUAGGAAUACUCUCUAAACUUUUAUAGCUUUUAAUGCUUACACUACGAACAUUAAUUGACACGGUAAACUUGAA